AUGAACACUGCCUCCACCUCAGAAAGUGGAUCGUAUUCCACAAGCCAUACAAGACCCUUCUUUUACGCCCAGCCAACAGCACAACAGCCUUUUCCAAAUCCGUGGUACCUCAGCCAUGCCUAUCCAUACUGUGUACCUGCACCAGGCUUCCGAAGUGGAAAUGCAUAUUUUCCAUUUUAUUCUGUUGCGCUCCAUGAGUACCCUGGAUUUUUUGUUCCACAGCAUCCAGUUCAUGCAAGAAUUAACAGAAGGGCUUAUUUUAAUGCUCCCUCACCUUCCCCUAUGUUUUAUCAUGCAACACGAUUUAGACACUAUAGUACCUCUGGGAAGAAAACAGAGACAAAGGAAACACAGACUGAUCCUAGACAGCCUGAAAACAAGCCAAAAAAGCAUCAAGAUGUCCAUAUAGAAACGAAAGGUUGUGAUGCAGGAAAUAUGGCCUGUGUUUCUUCUGGUGUAGGUACAGAGACUGAAAGUACUUCAGAGAAACAAGAUUCAUCUGGAUCUUCCAUUGUGGUAGACAGAGAGUUCCAUAAUAAGAGCCCUUCCAGCUCUGCACAGUAUAGAAACCUUCCUUCUGGAAGCUAUGCCUUUGAGAAGGAGGAAGUGAGAAUAGAGUAUGGGAAUGGCUCUCCAGCAAUUCAGCUGUGGAAGUCCUUUAAAGAAACUAUUCCCUUGUAUGAUGUGACAAGUGGUAAGCCAGUCCCAGAAAAUAUAGUGCAGCGUGACCUUUUUUCUGUUAGUUCAUGUGAAGGAAUGAUAUAUGGCCCACAUGAAGGGGAGAAAUUGGUGCCAGGAACUUAUAUAGAUGAGAGAAAACCUGUUCUGCCUUCAAAACAGAGUGUUGAAGCUGUGCAAGAAAAGGAGGGCCAAGAAAAUGAGGCGAAGCGAGAUGCAGAAAAGCAGAUGACUGCAAGUCAAAGGGUGAAAUCUCCUCCAGGUGAAGCUAUGGCAGUGCAAAUCGAGUUGGCCAGGUCUGUUGGCAUUGAUCAACCAGUGGCAAGACAGGAUGUGCUGGUAGCCAAGAAGUCUUCUAGCUCUAAAAGAACUGCAGGCUCAAAAACCUCUCAAGAAGAGUCCAGCCUCCAGCAAUCAGGACUACUUCCAUCUAGUAUGGAGGUAAUAAGUGACUUGAGUUUCCAGCAGAAAAAGCUGAAUCUAAGCCACAGUGUGACUAAUGAAAGUCAAACAGAUAGAAGUAUUUGGUGUGACGAGUCAGUGGAGAAGUAUGUUCCUUCUAGCAGCUGGCUGGCUUGUUUGGAGGGCAUGGAUGCAAAUUACAGCUAUGAUGUGUGUUUGCCCCCGCGGAAACGUCGAAGCGUCCUCAGCCUCUCCUCUGAGGAGGUGUCCUCUAGAGAAGAAGGUUCGUCGCUUGAUAAUGCCCCAGUGUCUUAUUUUGUCCCUGACUAUGUGCUUCAGAAAAGCACGUACGCUUUCCAGAAGAGUACAGAGGGCUUGGAGAAAGAGAAAAUUAAAAGUGCUGGGUCCCUUAAUGAAGAUGAAGUGGUCAUAAAGGAGCAGAUGAACAGUUUUGAUAGCCAGGAUGUCACUAAACCUUCACCCAUGAAGACUAAAGAGGAUUUAGGUAAAGGCAGGAAGCUGGUAGCCCUUCCUAGGUCUUCGAGCAUGAAAAAAAUCUAUUCUCUCAAGAAAAAAGCUGCUAAGCGUUUGUCAGAAGCUGAGGACUCGGAGGAAUAUUUUUUGAGGGGAGAAGAGGAAGAGGAAGAUGGAGAAGAUGAAGAUGAAGAUGAGGAAGAAGACGAGGAUGAAAUAGAGUAUUUCUUUCAAGAAGUUACACCAUAUGGGGUCUUGAUGUCUCAUAGAGGAAAGUGCUACCGACAAGUUGGCCAGAAGGUGUUUUGGAAACAGCCUAAAAAUGCUAUACCAGCUCAACUAAUUAGCUGGCCUGCUCGAGAGAAAAUAAAAACUAGGAGUGGGCUUGGUGAAAGUAUUGGCCUAGUCUACAAGUCAAAGGGGAAGGAACAGGAUGAAGUUGUACACAGUGACUAUGGAUAUUAUGGAAGAAAGAGGCCUACAGCAGAAAAAGAGGAAUUCGAACACAAAAGAAAGCUGCAGAAGCUCUUGGGAGGUAAGCUGAUCACUGAGGAACUGGUGCUGGUUAAUGGUUAG